AUGUCGAUGGGCCAUCCUAGGCUCGGCUCCCUUGGCAGUUCGGUAUUCAUCCUUAAUCGGACAAAGAUUCUGGCCGUGCUGUCUCUGAUAUUAACCUGGAUCAUCGCACAGUAUCUGCCCAUUCACGGUCAAAGCGUCAGAGACACGGUCCUUACCAACGUAAACGAUUCCCCCGAGAAUAUAACUGCGGUCAGCGGCGCCUGGCAUCCAGAACACGAUGCGAAAGCGCAGUUCAACUCCUCGCGGCUUGCCCUUAUAAUUGAGGGCCGACCUCUCCGACAUCUCUUGCCGCAACUCCUCCACAUGAUGUACGUCGUGCCUGCGGAUUGGAGGUUUAUGUUCAUCGGGUCGAACCAGAGCGUGACGAGCGUGCGCCGCAGCUUUGCAACGCAAUUCCACGAGCAGAAUGGGAAGUUGGACGUGCUGGUUAUGCCGGAGCCUUGGAAUCUUGGAGACAAGGAGCAUGUCUAUCGGAUGCUCACAGACAUGCGGUUCUAUGAUGAAUUCUUGCCCGGGGUGGAACACCUGCUCCAGUUUGAGUCAGAUAGCAUCAUGUGUGCAAAUUCAGCGGACAGUCUGAAUGACUGGUUGGAAUAUGAUUGGGCCGCGGCGUCAAGAACACUGGACGACCGUUAUGCUACCAAUGGAGGAUUAUCACUACGACGAGUGAAGACGAUAAAGCAAAUAUUGGGGUCCAACAAGCGCCAGAACGAUACGGAACCCGAGGACCAGUGGUUCACAGAAAGGGUUGUGGAUAUUCCUGGCGCCAACAUUGCGAAUGCUAAACAUUUGAAACAACUAUCGGUGGGCGACAUCUGGCGCGAAAGGCCUCUGGGGUUCCAUGUUCGAGACGGAGGUCAGCAGCUGGCGGACGCUGUAUGGAAGGAUCCCAAGCGGCGGAGAGCAAUCUUUGAUUACUGCCCCGAGUUGGCCAUGAUCAUGCCCAUGAAGCUAGAACGCGAAAGAUGUGCUAGUGAUAAUAAAGAAGGGAUCACAGACUCCGCUAUAUGGGCGGAUAACGGAGAUAGGAGAUCCAGGUGA